CUAAAAAAUAUAAAAUAGUGCAGUCUUAAGUUUCAAAUUAGAAAUCCGCAAUUUAUUUCUCACGAUUUGCUUAAACUCUAACGAUUAAGUCGAGUCCGACCAUAUGUAGCGGCAAAAAAGGAAGGCCGAUUCCGCAGUGACGUCACACGUCGUUCUCGGCUUUUUGCCUUUUGCAAACAGAAACGAAAUUUUAUUUGCCACGAAUACGAUGGACGCAAUUUCGCAAAGGGAUAAACGACAGCAGCUAUAGUAUGUUUUCCUUUGGAAAUAACUAAUGUGGUGUACAGAAGUUUACUUAAUUUUAUUUUGAUUUUGGGAAGCUCAUCACGCAGCGAAUGAUGAAGAGUAAAUCGGCGAAUAAGUAAAAGAACUCUUGGAUUGCUGGAGUUUCCCACAGAAUGCGUCCUUAACCUGUAACCAUAACGAAGUCUGGAUUUAUCGCUAUCGCCAGUCUUUAUUUGAAAUUCGUGGUAACUGUCGAUUUGUUGACGCUCGUCAAUCUCUCAUUCCACACUUGAUAUAAUGGCGCGCCAUCGGAAUAUUCGAAAUGCGAAUUACGAUGAUUACGACGAGAUUGAGGAGUUUGGCAAGUCGUACGAGGAUGACAGCUGCAUGUCACCGAGCAUGGCUCAGUUUAUUUACCGUCGCGAAGAUUCCGGUAAAACUCUGAACCGGCCACCACCCGUAGAGGAGGAAAUGGCCAUGGACGACGAAGCACCUGUAUCAGAAUCAUCAGCAUCCUCGGGAACUGCGAUAAAUCCAGGAAAAAUGCGUUCGUGUAUUGAUUAUAUCGAAAGCUGCUCAGGAGAAGCAUAUACAACGGAUCAAAUGCAGAAAGCCGUCGUCGCGUCUAAUUACAAUGCCGAAUUGGCACUGCAGCUGCUUUUGGAUCACGAAGGGAACGUGCCCCAAAAUUACGAGCUACCAGCUGCGUUUCUUUCAAAACCCCCUCUCCCGGCGAUUGCAAAAAAGCUGGAGAAUUUAUCAGUGUCACAUGAAGAAUCUAAUGCUCCUAAGAAGCUUUUAUCGAAAGAGACGGGCGUGAGAAAUGUUCGGAAAGUGACUGUUGCCGAAGAUCCCACUUUGGUUCCGUCUGGAAUCGGUUAUAAGUCUGCUCUUCCGUCUGUACAGUUUCCAGACUGGAUUUCCAGCUUCGUAGCAGACGUAAAUCAGUACAACGCUUCUGCUGCUGGAGUUUUAGUGUCCAAACAGAGGCCAUCGGCGUUAAGUAUGCCAAGACCUGACUCAACUCCAGAUUUCCGUAGUUUAAAUUUGGACCGGUCAGCGGCCAGUACUCCCACUCCGGGCUCACCUAAAGGUUCGAGAAAGGGUUCAAAAGGCACACCUAUCGGAAUAUCACCGGCCGUUACGCCUUCACCUGGUUCGCCCCGAGCUCAACGAAAAGGACCAAAAGAUAAGGUUUCCCCAGUGAAAGCUGCAGAAAAGCAGGAAGAAGCCGCUGGCGAUGGAAUGAUCAGCAAAGGCCCCGAAGCGCCAAAUGCCAGAAAUGCCGCAAAGGUAUCCGCUUUAUAUGAACAACGUCAGAAUGAAUCGAAGCCUUUGAUUAAUUUGGUGGUAAUUGGGCAUGUGGAUGCCGGAAAAAGUACACUGAUGGGACAUUUGCUAUUCCUUAUUGGCAAAGUGGAUGCCAAGCAGAUGGCCAAAUUUGAGCACGAAGCCAAGAAAAUUGGAAAAUCUUCCUUUAUGUAUGCAUGGGUUCUGGAUGAGACAGGAGAAGAACGAUCUCGUGGCAUCACCGUGGAUAUUGCUCACACGAGCUUCGAAACCGCCAACCGUGCCGUUAAUUUAAUGGAUGCACCAGGCCACAAAGAUUUCAUCCCCAAUAUGAUCACGGGUGCCGCACAAGCGGAUGUGGCCAUUUUGGUGGUAGAUGCGGCGCGUGGUGGUUUCGAGACAGGUUUUGAAGCCGGUGGUCAGACCCGCGAGCACACAUUGUUGGCCAGAUCCCUCGGUGUAACACAGUUGAUUGUGGCCAUCAAUAAAAUGGAUACGAUUGACUGGUCCAAGGAUCGGUUUGACCAGAUUGUGGUCAUAUUGUCCAAAUUUUUUAAGAGCAUUGGAUUUAAAGACGGGGAUCUGUUCUUCAUUCCCUGCAGUGGAUUUACGGGUGAUAAUUUGGUUGAGCUUCCAAAGACGAAACUCGCAAAUUGGUGGACGGGAUCUACUUUAAUUGACCAAAUUGAUAAAUUUCGCCCGCCUGUACGGCAGAUCGACAAACCAUAUCGCCAAAUCAUUACCGAUGUUUUCAAAUCUGCCACUGGAGGCUGUUCGGUAGCUGGAAAAAUUGAAACGGGUCACGUGCAAGUCGGUGAUCGUAUAUCAGUAUGUCCGGCAGCCGUUGCGGGAACCGUUAAAAGUAUCAUGUUGGAUUCGGGUGCUUGCAGCAAUGCCUUCGCGGGUGACAAUGCGAUCAUUACGCUGACGGGUGUGGAUGUGUUGAAUAUCCAUGUUGGUGAUGUGCUAUGUGAUCCUGUCAAUCCAGUGGCUGCAGCUACUCGACUACGGGCUCGGAUUGCCUUAUUUACACCUAAAGUUCCUUUACUGGCUGGCCAGGAGUGUGUGUUCCAUAAUCAGUCAUACACGGAAUCCUGUGUUAUAAAGAAAAUUCUCACUCAGAUUAACAGAAAUACGGGUGAAGUGCAAAAGAAAAAUCCCAGAGCACUUACGAAAAACACAUCAGGGGAGGUGGAGAUACUCUUGCAGCGGCCGGUGUGUGCCGAGCUGUAUUCGGCUUCGAAAGAGCUUGGCAGGUUUAUGUUGCGUGAUGCUGGCUCAACAAUUGCUGCAGGUCUCAUUACAGAGAUAUUGGAAUGAGGUUCAGAAAAGAUUUCAAAAAACGAAUGCCAAUCCGGUUUAAAAUAUAAUUAAUUCCGAAAGUUGUGCCGACUUUCUGGGUUGUUUUAUUUGUUUCUACCUGCUACCGAACGAGUAGAAGUAUUCAUUUGCGAUGUCUUUAUAGUAAGUAAUAAGUUGGAUUGUUGUUACUUUUAGUAUCAGUGACGCCUUGUACCUCAGCCAUCGUUUGUGCAAAAAUAAAUACCAGUUAAAACCAAAA